AUGGAAGACAAGGAAGAACUAAGAAAGCUGCUGAGAAGCACAAUAAGAAAAAACACCGAUCCAAGAGUAAAGAUAUCAGAUGAAUAUCUAACUGAUGAAGAUAAAGCCGAAACGAAAACUUUGAGAACGCCUGCAAAAAAGAGGGCAUGCAAAGACUGUACUUGCGGCUUAAAAGAAAAACAGGAAGUUGAGGUGAGGUCUGCUUGCGGAAAUUGCUACAAAGGGGAUGCAUUCCGAUGCAGUGGAUGCCCUUCUCUGGGAUUACCUCCUUAUGAGCCAGGUGAAGUGGUUUCUUUUUCCACAGAUCUAGACGAAGGACUCCAAGGACAAGAUGGAUAA